CAUCACGUCCUCCUCCUCCUCCUCCUCCUCUGUCUCUGUCUCCGCAGUGAGGUCACGGGGAGGCGGCGCGUCGUCAGACAGACGGAGACGGAGAGAGAGAGAGAGAGGGAGACGUCGGUCCCUCCGUUCGAGCUCUCUCGCCCAGGACAGGAGGGGGGUCAGGUCACUCUGAGAUUCUAUGAAAGGAUGAACAGAGAAAUGAAUUACUAGCCCAAGAAGUUUAUUUUGCUGAUGACUGGGAUCGUGCUUUUAUUAAAAGAACAAUGGGAUUCACAAUGUCUAUGUUCAUGCAUAUAAUUGCAGCCAACACAGUGGGAUCAGUUUCCAGUAACAGAUUUAUUGGUGAACAAAUAUUGAUGCUGUUGGAGGUGGACAUUUUUAUGGCUCAAUAAGUAGAGAUUUUUACCUAUGAUAUUAAUAAUAGCAGGAAUCCUCUAUAGAAACCUACAUUUCCUUUAUCGUCUAGAAGCAUAAUUUUGAAAUAUGUAUGUCUCAGGCUGUAAGCACAUUAGCACUUGCGUAUUUUUAUGUUCAGUUAAAAGAAAAAUCGAAGAGCCUGCAUGCCUGUAAAAUAAAAAUCUUUAGAGUUAGGCUUCAUAUUUUUCGGUUGGAUUAAACCAUUCAGUUAUUUUUGAGACCAGUGAUUCAAAGGUUCAAGUAAAAUCUUUUUUGUAUAUAAAUCGAGUUUUACAUUUUUAAAAAAUUUGUCACACUGAAAAGUGUUCUUAAGUGACAAAAGUUCCUGUAUGUAAGGGCUAUGUUACUAAAUGUAAAGUGGUGAAAAUACCAGUAUAAGUGGUAUUGCAUGUUUACUGCAAUGAAAGUAGCUAUACUGAAAAAAAGUGAAAUCGAGAUUUGAACAAACUGUGAUCAGAUUUCAUAUUCACGUAUUUUUAAAAUAGCCAUGGAAACUGCAAAGAUAAAUUACUCCUUGGGUCACUCAAAACAAAAGGGGAGCAUAAUACAUGAAGAUGACAGCCCUCCAACCAAAAAAGCAAUGACAGAAACACAUCUAAAGGAUACAAUGCAAGCCAUGAUGCAUAAAUUGUCAACAAUAAAAAAGGAACAGUUGGAUGAAUGUGAAGAACAUCUUAUGGAGGACAAUGAGGAAUGUGCCAAACCAAACAUUGCUGCAGUACCUGAGCCUUUGAACUUAAAUCCUGGUUUGAAGCAUACAUUGGCACAGUUCCAUUUAAGCAGCCAGAGUUCAUUGGGUGGCCCAGCAGCAUUUUCUGCUCGCCAUUCUGAAGAAAGCACAUCUUCCGUCUUCGUACCUCUUCCAUCACCCCAGAUCCUUCCUGGUCCAUUGCUUGUUCCUUCAGACAGCUCUACAGAGUUGACUCAGACUUUACUGGAAGGGGAGUCUAUAUCUUGUUUUAAAGUUGGAGGAGAAAAAAGACUUUGUCUGCCUCAAGUCUUGAAUUCUGUUCUCCGUGAUUUUUCUCUACAGCAGAUUAACACAGUGUGUGAUGAUCUUUAUAUCUACUGCUCUAGGUGCACUUCUGACCAACUUCACAUUUUAAAGGUUUUGGGAAUUCUUCCAUUUAAUGCUCCAUCUUGUGGGCUGAUAACACUGACUGAUGCUCAGAGACUAUGCAAUGCUUUACUGCGCCCUCGCACUUUCCCUCAAAAUGGCAGCCUGCUUCAUGGUAAAGGUUCGCUGAUCCAACUAAAAGAGACUGGAAGUGCCUUUGAAGUAGAGCAUGAAUGUUUGGGCAAGUGCCAGGGUUUAUUUGCUCCACAGUUUUAUCUUCAGCCAGAUUCUCCUUGUAUCCAGUGUUCCGAAUGCUAUGGGAUGUUUUCACCCCAAACAUUUGUGAUGCAUUCUCAUCGCUCUCCUGACAAGAGGACCUGCCAUUGGGGCUUUGAAUCAGCCAAGUGGCAUUGCUAUCUCCAUAUUAACCAAAAAUAUCUUGGAACAUCAGAGGAGAGAGAUUUGAAGCUUCUCUUGGAAGAAAUGAAAGAAAAAUUUAGCACGAAAAGUCAGAAAAUACACCAAUCUAAAGCUGAUUCUCAAUAUAACCUAGACCUUCAACAGUGGUAUCCAGUUAUAAAGCAAGAGACCGAUUCCAUCAAUCAGCCGCACUCAUUCAUGCAUCCCAGCUACUACUUUUAUAUGUGUGAUAAAAUGAUCGCUCCCAAUGUCUCCCUUACCUCUCCUGUAUCUCACUGUAAAGAACCAACAAAAACAGUGGAGAAAAGUUCAGAGGUAGUUAAAUCUGCAUCUGGGCAGUCACUGAAGCACCAUAGUGGUGGCAGACGCAAAAAAGCCGUGUACUAUCAGGAUCACUCUCUUGAAGUGCAAGAGAAUGUUGAUUUGAAACGCAGCACAGAUGUGUGUGCUGGUAAAGGGCAGCCUACAGCUCUUAAGACUCGAAACAAAAGGAAAUCAGAGCAAGAGUCUUCCAAAGCGACUAUGGAACAGAAGGUAGAAGUAAGCAAAGGUUCACAGUCAUCAUCUCAGAUCCCUGUCAGUGGAAUCCAUUGUGAUGAUGACAAAGGAAAGACGAUGGAAGAAGUAAUGAAAACCUAUAUAAAGCAGCAAGAAAAACUACAUACAAUUUUGCAAAAGAAGCAGCAUCUUCAAAUGGAAGUAGAAAUGUUAAGUAGUUCAAAAGCCAUGAAGGAGUUAACAGAAGAGCAGCAGAAUUUACAGAAAGAACUUGAGUCUUUGCAGACUGAGCAUGCACAAAGAAUGCAAGAGUUUUAUGUUGAGCAAAGGGACUUGGAGAAGAAAUUAGAGCAGGUAAUAAAGCAAAAAUGCACCUGCGAUUCUAACUUGGAAAAGGACAAAGAAGCAGAAUAUGCAGCUCAGUUGGCAGAGCUGAGACAGCGGCUGGAUCAUGCUGAAGCUGAUAGGCAAGAGCUCCAGGAUGAACUGAGACAGGAACGAGAAGCACGACAAAAGUUAGAGAUGAUGAUAAAGGAGUUAAAGCUUCAGAUUCAGAAGUCUUCAAAAAAUGGCAAAGGGAAAUAAAGUGCCAAGAAGAAUGUAUCUGCAUUUUUUCAGCAGGGCUUAUAUAUUACUUGUCAAGGAGAAGUCAAGCCAUGGAAGAAAAGGUAUUGGGGGCAGCUGUGGAGAACCCUUCUUGUGCAAACAACAUCAGUGAAGCAGUUAUUCAGAUCCCAGUCAUUUCAAUGAUGUUUGCACAAGAGACAUUCCCAGAGAACUGUGCCCAAUGUGUGCUUAUAAAUCUGUAAUAAUACACAUUUGUACAACUUCUAGACUUAUAAAAACCUGUAUUUGUGCUGCUUUUUAAACAGUUAUGAGCAACAUUUGAAACCUUAUGUUUUAGAGUACUCAGUGUAUGUUUUUACAAACUGUCUUGAGGGCUCUUUACCUUUUAUUGAAUUCAACUUUCAUUCAUAGAUAUGCAGAAUCCACAUACUUCCUUUUGCAUGCAGUCAUUUACACAAAAUAUUCCUUUUAUUCAAAAUCUUAAAAAAGAAAAAAAAUUGAGAAUGUGGAGAAUAUAUUCUUUUUGUUGCUUUACUCUUAUAACUCCAUUUGAUAGUUAAUGCUGUAUCGAGGAAAGAACCGUUAUUUGGAAAUUAUUACACAGUCUAUUAUUUUUUUUUCUAAAUGCAGAUUUCCACACAGUUAAUUAUCAGCUGUCGGAUGCUAGUUAUUGUUAAAUACCAAGUGCCAAUUCUUUCGGUAAUCUGUUGAAUGCUAUUAUAAAAAGAAGUCUGAGGUGCUUCACUUUCCAAACGUACGAGUUCAUCCCCAGACCUGACUGGAGAUGCCAUAAUUGACACUAUUUUUUUAGUAUUCCCAAAUACUAAUGGAAAUGUCAGCCUUAUGUUGUAGAGUGACUAUUUUAACCAUCAAGCAAGUAGGAUGCAAUAAGGUUUUCCAUGCAUGGGUUGUCUUGGAGUGCAUGGAAGUGGUUGGUGUUGACAUGUACAUAAGAUGUCAAGAGGGAACAAAUGAGUUCUGACAUUGUCAAAGUAAUGCUUCUAUAUGUUUUAUAUGCCAAGGUAAAUAUUGCUAUCAUUUAAAAAAAAAGCAAUUUAGUUAUUAAACUUCUAUUAAUUUUGAAAUUGGUAAGGUCUUUAUUGGGGCAUCUGACAUUUAAUGUCCUGGUAUUCUGGUGUUGACUAACAAGUAGUUCACUUCCAUUGUAUUUACUGAUUAGACACCAAACAAAUGAGGUAUAUUUGAUCAAGGAACCAGUGGCUAAGAUACAGUGAUGUACUUAAUAAAGGAAAGUUCCAAUUCCGCUCAUGCUGGAUGCAAAAGUGGAAUUGGGAAUGCCUUUUUCAAUGCUGUGUGGCACCAAGAGUGUUUCCUAAUUCCCAGGAGGAGGUCUUUUGGAUUCUUGAGGGGUUGCGGGUAAUGUGGUCGUGCUGCUUUUGGUAGAAGCAGCAUCCAGCAAAAGUAAGCCAUUGGACCCUGGUCAUUGGAUUAAAGUAGUAAUCUAAAAUAACUUUCAGACAGAAUCUCUUUUGUGAAAAGAACUGUAAAGAUUUAAAUAUUCAAAACAGUUUAUUUGGGAGGAGGAAAAGCAGGACUGAUUAUAAAAAAGGCAAGAAAAUUUCCUUAAGUUGAGUAUUUUGGUAUGAAUAGACAAUAGUUUAAAACCUCAUAAUAGCAGUUAAAGGAAAAUUGAAGUGUGUGUGUGUGUGAGAGAGAGCAGUGAUUUCUAAAGCCAAGUUAAACUUGUAGAGGGGGAAAUGCGAGUGAUAAUUCUACAAGUUACCAUGCAGCCCACCAUGUUCCUCAAUGAAAACAAAAUUCACCUCCAAAUGGAAAAUCAUGCCUUCACCUUUCUUUCUCUGCUCCCAAACUGCAAGUGAUGAUCUGGUUACUUGUAGUCUUGGAAAAGGUGUAAAUAUAACCUGCAGACAUCUGGAGGAUGGCAGAAAUUGGUGUCAUUGUAUAUCCAGAUAUCCUACCUUAGGCAUUAUAUGUGACUAAUAGCAUAAGAACAUGUGUGGGGAGGCACAGGUCAGUAUAGAUAGAAAUGGGGAUAUCUAUAAAUGAGAAGCACUGCAGACAAUAAUGUUCAUUUAUAUAUUCAUCACAUGAGCACUUACAUCCUGUGAUUUCCAUGUUGUGAAUGCCUGCUAUAUAUGCAUGUUGUGGAAAUUUUAUGGUAAAAUCGUCUUAUACCCAACGUUUUCUGUUGUAUAAGGACCAUUUCAUACAACCACAUCUUUGUCCUUUUAAUAUAUUAGUUAUGCUAAGUUAUAUCAUCAGUUUUUAACUAUUCAGUUCUUAUAUCUGUCUACGUUAACAAAAUAAAUUAACAGUUUCAUAAUGUCUACAACAUAUGUACAUAGAGAAAAUAAAGCAAUUGAGGCACCUUGCAAAACAAAAGUGUAACUGUAGGUCUAAAAAUAUGUGUAAUAUCUGCCGAGUUUCUCUUGUGGGAAAUUCUACAUGUCAAACUCCAUCUUGUUUUGUGAAUUUUUCAUUUUGCUUUGGCAAGAUCCGUAGUGCCAUCCCUUGCCAACUUCUGGUAUGCACAGAUGCUCAUGUCCCUUCAAAAAUCCUAGGUCUUGGUAGCUUAGGGCUUUCAAUGUCCAAAUCAAGAUUCUGGAUUUUGCUUGGAAAUGACUGGAAGCCAGUUAGACUCUUGCAACAGCAGUGGUAUACUGUGUGUAUUGGGCCUCAGUUAAGCUGCUUCAAUCUUGAAGCAAUUUGACAUUUUCAGGCAGUUUUCAAGGGCAGCCUUAUCUAAAGCACAUCGUAGAAAUCCAUUCUGUACAAUAUCAGACCAUGUAAGGAAGUACUGAGGACCUUCUCCUCCAGAAAGAGGUGCAUCAAUUGAAGCAGAUGAGAGGCACUCUUACCAACUUGCUGCAUGAAAAGUCCUACUACACAUACUGAUCAAGAAAUAUUUUCAAGUUUUAACCUUCACAUUCAUGGAAAAGUAUAACCCCUUUAAGAAAUCUACAAUCAUCGGGUUGUCUCAGCUUUCAGGUGUAACUGUCAAACUAUCUAGGUUGAGCUUGUUCCUUUCAACCAGUCUAGUAUAAAGGAGAAGUAGAAGUCAGUGUCACCACUCUGAAACUUUUGCAUGUAGAUGAUGGGUACCAGGCGGAAUAGAAUAUAAACAGCAAUAGUGAAACCUUAAUCUGAUUACUUCUCAGUGCAUCCAUCUUCUUUGUGUUACAAUCACAAAAUCUUUGGGUUGGAAUAGCAUAUGCUCAAAUCUUAGAUGGUAGUCAGUAGUUGAAAUAAUUUCAUUUACAUUUCGCAAAAUGUAGGUCCUCCACUACUCUUGAUUAAAAUGUCAAAUGCUUUAUGUAUCCGGACUUCACGUGUUUCUUGUUAAUGGGAUGAACAAAAACAAUUUUAUAUCCUUUUGGAAUAACUUACAGUUGUAGUAUAUUUGUCAUCUCUGUCUCCUAUUUCAAUAACUGAACAGUUCUGUUGCCAGAACAGCUGCAAUUUAUUGACCAAAUAUAUUGCUUACAUGUUGGAAAGUUAAUUGGUGUUUUGGCAUCUUUAAAUAGCACAGAAUCCCAGCUUCAAAAGUUUUCUUUUCCCAUUGAAGCAAACAUUACAAUUUUGUUAAUCGUUACAUCUGAAUCAAACAAUCAUCUUUCAGUGCUAGACCUGUCAGUUUCAUUUGAAGUGCAUAUGAACAAUAGCUACUUUUGAACUGUAUGUAUGUAUGUUAAACAUAUGUUUUCUUCUUUAACACAUGUGUAAAUUAGAGAAGAAGCAGAUUUGAGCAUAAUCCAAACCUUUUUUUACAUUGUUAGUUAUCCAUAGGUGAAGCAUUGCAUCUUCUGCUAUUUCUGUGUUCAAGGUAUAACUGAGAAGCUGAACUGAACUGAUGUUUAUGGGUCAUUGCAUUUUAUCCUAGAAUUUAUGAACAGGUGUUUAGAAACAAAAGCUAUCAUGGGUUGUCUUGAUUGGUGAAGCUCGAAAUUUCUGAAAUCAUAAACACAGGAAUGUACUGUGUUGCAAACAGCCAUGGUUCAAAAGAAUUUGACAUGUUGAAAUCAGUAGGUGUUUAAACACCUUUCAUUGUGUUGAAUGAUAGUGUUUUUAUUGGAUAUUACAGACAGACGGCAACUUUUUAAUUAGAGGUUCUGAAUCUGAAAAUUUUGUAAAAUUUGGUAGGAGGAAUAGUACUUGGCUGAAGACAAUAUUUAGCUUCUCUUAUGUAUAGUUUUGAUUAUCUCAGGAGACAUUCUCUGAUGUCUGACAAGUAUUAACCAGAUCCAUAUCUUUAUUGGCCAACAACCAUUAGCUUAUUGCAACAGUUGGAGAAAUUACAUUGCUAAUAGCUACCCUGUAACUAUGUUGUCUGGCUCAGACCUUUUUAACAGCAGUCAGUGUAAUGUUUGAACUGGCUUUGAAAUGUGUGUGAGAACAGAAAACAUUUUACAGUAAUUCUGUCACAAGUUACCAAAAAUCAUCAAAAUUUUCACAUUUAAAUAGGAAAUCCUUUCUCAAUGUCAUUGCAAUGGAAUGCUUUCUGCCCUGGUUUUUCAUUGGUUCUGGAGAAAUGGUUUCAAGUGGAGUAUGUUUUGGAGUCCAGUUAGAAUUUAACUGUUUCCACAUCCAAACCAGUGGCAGUAAUUUUGGCUAAAUUUUGGAAAAAUAAGUUUGUGAUUAUAAUGAUAUGUGAAAGAGCGAGUGUUAUGUUCAUAUUUUAUAUCUCCAAAGAAUUUAUAGACUGAACCACAUACCCACUUUUAAUUAAAAUUCAUAAUUGUAAUGCUUACCUAUAAAUCAAUUCAUUUCAGCCUCCUUUACACAAUACUUAUUAAUACAUAGAACUGUGCCAUAGGUGUCCAUUAUCACCAAAAAUAGUUUUCUAGUAAAUUGUAAAUAUUCUAUGUUUUACAGAAGUAGUUUCUUACAUUGAUCUCGUAACAUGACGUAUUUUAUGGGUGAUAUACUCCACUGCCUAUAUAGCUUGAAUUCCAAGACUUUGCCCAUUUACAGAGGUUUAUUACAAAUUACCCUGUCCACCAACUUUACCCUUAUAGCCUUAGCAUGUUCAUCCUGUAUGUUAAUUAUUAGAGAAUACUUUUAAAAAUUAAAAUUAUCACCUAUGUGUUCACCUUUUAGAUGAUAGAUUUGUUUCUCUAAUUAUCCUCUCCAUUAAAGAGUUUUUAAAACUGCAAUUAAGGAAUGCCUGGCAGAGAGACUGCCCUGAGCACUUUUAAACAAGAACAUCUGUUUCUUGGCAUCCCUGUUUUUAAUUAUUAUUAUUAUUAUUAUUAUUGCUAAAAUGGUUUUGCCAGAGUGGAAUUCAAGAAGAAAAUACUUCCAUCCCCUUCCCCUAGCCUAAGGCCACUGCUGUCCAUCAGCCAUCAUCCAGACUGGUUCAGUGUGCCACAAGCACAAACAACUAGAACUAUGUGCAGAGCAAAGCAGCACAUGAUCUCAUCCCUACGCUCAAAUGAUAUACCUCACGCCAUGCAUAUAAAUCAUAUAGAAAUUGGUAAAGUUUUCUGACCUUUCUUUAGAAGACAAGCUAGAAAUUAUAUUAAUGGGGCACACUAAUGACAUGAAGCUUUCUUUUUCCCCAAAUAAGUAGCUAUGCUUAACUUUCCACACUAAUUAUGAUAGACAAUUUCAUGUACUGGAGCCCAAUUGAAUUUCAGCCCAUCAUACUCUAAUAUGCCACAAGGCUUUGCAUUCAGUUUCUUAGUAUUACAAUUUCUUCCUGUUUACUGAACACAAGUAAAAUGAUAGAUAUUGAGACUGCGAAAUCAUAAUAACGCGAUGGUUUGCAUUUGCCCUUUACAAUGACUACAUAUAUGCAAGGGGAAGGAGUUUAGUUUCAUGUCUGAGCUAUGCAGAAGACAAUAACUGAAGAAAUUAGUUCAGCAAGAAAUGUGGAAAUCAACUCUUACCAUUGUGGUUAGCCCUAAGGACUUUCUUGAACAUUGGAUUAAGCAAGAUCUCAAAAUGGGCUUUGGACGAGUUGUGCUGUUCUUUUUGUUAGGUCUUAUAUCACUUUGCUUGAGUAUUUGAAAUAAAGAUAGUAGUUAUGGGGUAUAUUUUACAUUCUUGGAUUAAUUUUAUUAUAUAUUUAAUAUAUUGAUAGUCGUAGACUCUUUUGUAUAUAGUCAAGGUAUCACAAUGCAGUCCUUGCCGUAAAGCUAUGCUAUGGGGAGUGCUACUGCGAAGCAGUUUGUCUAUUCCAUGCUGCUUAGUCUCAUGGUCAUGGAACCAUUUGUACUAUCUUCAAUUUGAAAUAGCAGCACAUUCAGUGAUGACAGCUAUUGUGGAUGGCUUAGUGCUACAUCUUAGAGACAUUUUCAUAGGACUAGGUAGCUGAAUUCAAGACGCUUUCCAAAUCCACUCCUUAAAUUUCUUUUAACCAUUGGAAAAGCAUAAAUGUAGAUUUCCCUCCACAGAAAAAAAUGUUAUUCUUUUUCUAAAGCUGAUAAUAUAAUGCAACAAAACACUUUAAAACAUGUUAAUCUGUGCUUGAAAUAUUUCAAUUUAUGCUGCAGCUGUAAAAUAUCUGUCCAGGAAGAGGCAGCUUGAUCUCUUAAUUAUACUUCCUAGAACUUGUUCAUUCAAUACAUCUGUGGUAAUGCGAGGCAGUCCAUACUGGAUAUAUUUUGGUUUUUUGGGAGGGGGAUCGCAGAUGUCCUCAAUUAUAAAGUUAGAAGUCAAACUUUUUCCAGACUGCACAAAUGUACUUUUAGUACGUCCACAAUUUAGAGGAUAGUUUGGAUUUUACAGUGCUGUGGAAUCUUUAGGUUGUGAAAUAUAUAUUUUCCCAAAAUGAAUAUCCAGUGAAGUAGAGCAAUCCAUAUUAUUACUUCAAAUACCUCACUUUUAUGAAAAGGGAAGCACAGUUGUAUCUAAACCAUUCUGUUGAAUAUACACAAAUAACUGGUCUAAAUGUUCUGAUGCAGCUAUGUUGCCUUCCAGAAUAAAUAGGCUUGUGACUGACAUCAUUCUAUUUUGUGUGUAUUCAGGAUGUGUUUGAAAGUAUUUGUUGAUGCUGACAUCUUAAUAUUUCCACAAUCUAGAGGAACAUAUGACCAUAUUUUGUGUGCUCCGUUGAGGUCUGCAACAUGUUUGUUACACAGCAUUUUCCUCAUGCCAUGUAGCAAAUCAUUCAAACGUGUACGUCAUACACAGAAGUCCAUGGACAACUUCAAAAAGUACAUUUCUAGAUUGUGACCAAAAUCUUUAAAGACUAAUUUAUAAAGUAAAAUUUAUAAACACAAAGAAAAGGUUUUACAAACAAUCAAAGCAACAAGUGAGUAGAAAAACAACAACAUAUGCCUAAGACAAACAGUUUGGUGAAAACCAAAAGUUUUCAGUUUUUUUUUGCCAAUGAUGUACAGUUCUACAGUUGGAGUUGCUGUGGUUGCAUUACAUGACACAAAACUGUCCUCUACCUCAUAUGAUACAAAAACAGAUAUUUUGUAUGGUUUUAGUAAAAACAAGAUGCAUUUAUCUGGUCACUUAGUUUACAAAUUUUGAAUUCUAUUUAUUGAAACAUGACAUACUGUGCUCUUAGCUUAUACCUCAAUUGUAUUUUGUGCAGUUUUCCAUUUUUCAUGCAUUGUAAAUAUCCUGUAUAGAUUGUGGAUCCACAUUCAAAUAAACAAUUCUAAUGUCAAGCACCUCA